AUGAACAACAAGGACGAAGACUCUCUGACCCAAUUCAAUGAUACCACGGGGGCACCUGUCAACACGUCACCUAUUUCCUACAAGAUUCGCAUCUUUAUAGCCUGCAUUGAAAUCUUGGUGGCCAUUGUGGGCCUCGUAGGUAACAGUCUCGUCAUCUGGUCCGUCAUUCUGUCCAAGAAACUCCGCACCGUGACCAACGCCUUCGUGGUCAACCUCAGCGUGGCUGAUUUCUGGACCAGUCUCUCCUACCCGUGGAAUUGCGUAGCUUUGCUGAGCCACGAAAGCUGGCCUUUGGAGUCAGAGGUUCUGUGUGUCAUCGCCGCCGUUCAGGUUUACACAGGUAUCGGUGCAAGUAUCUACUCGUUGGCCUCCAUAGCUUUGAAUCGCAUGGUCCUCAUCACUCAAACCAUGAACACCUACAGUUGGUGGUACACCCCGCGUAAAGUAGCCGUCAUGAUCGCAUUGACUUGGGUUAUCCCGUGUGUUGUGUUUUUCCUACCGCUGCUUCUUGGCAUAGGUGCGAUUGGGUAUGAUCCACAUGACCAUACGUGUACUGACAAAGAUGAUCAGCUUAGAGGCUCUGAAUACAACCUGGCACAAUCUUUGGGGUUUUUACCAAUCCCAAUGCUCAUCAUCAUCUGUUGCUACACGGCUAUCUACAUCCAUCUCAAACGACACUUCAGGAAACAGAAAAAGAGCAGAUCUGACAAUAAUAGUCAGCCAAUCUCCACAGCGGUUGGUUUGGAUGGUAAAACGUCCACCAAGUUCACUGUUGCCACUGUGGAGUCUUCAGUGACUAAUGCUGAGCAUGUCUCCAGGAAAGCCAGGCAGGCCAUCAGCCGUCAGCAACUAGUUAUCACCAAGAACCUCUUCCUUGUGUUUUGCAUCUUCACAUUGUUGUUGUCUCCUUACUUCAUCUCUCACUCUAUACCAUCUAGUCGUUGGUUUGUUCUGUACGCAGGUACCAUUGCUACUUUUAACAGCUGCGUAAACCCGAUCAUCUACGCCGUCAACCACCCACAGUUCCAAGUCGUACUGUGGAAGAUAAUUACGUGUCGUUACUCUGAAAUACAAGAACCUUCAGAUUUACUGAAAUUCUUGCUGUCAUUGCGUAAGAAUGAAUAA